GAACCCCACCACCACCACAGCUUCUCUCUAGCUUUGAUCUCCAAGCCCACGCCAACUAAUUAAUAAGCAACGUACAAGCAAUGGGCAGGUCACCGUGCUGCGACCAGGACGCGGGGGUGAAGAAGGGUCCGUGGACGCCCGAGGAGGACAAGCUGCUGGUGGACUACAUCAACGAGCACGGCCACGGCAGCUGGCGCCGCCUGCCCAAGCUCGCCGGCCUCAACCGCUGCGGCAAGAGCUGCCGCCUGCGAUGGACCAACUACCUCCGCCCCGACAUCAAGCGCGGCAGGUUCACCGACGACGAGGAAGACCUCAUCGUCCACCUCCACUCCCUCCUCGGCAACAAGUGGUCCUCCAUCGCCACCAAGCUCCCCGGCCGCACCGACAACGAGAUCAAGAACUACUGGAACACGCACCUCCGCAAGAAGCUGCUCUCCAUGGGGAUCGACCCCGUCACGCACCAGCGACGCACCGACCUCAACCUCCUCGCAGCUGGCUUCCCCAGCCUCCUCGCCGCCGCCAACUUCGCGGCCGCCGCUGGUGCUCCAGCACCUACGGCGACAGGCCCACUCGCCGCCGCCCAUGUUAGCAGCUGGGACAUCAACGCGCUCAGGCUCCAGGCCGACGCCGCCAAGUACCAGCUCCUCGAGGGCCUCGUCCGCGUGCUCACCGCCCCCGCCGCCGCACCAACCGUCGGCCUCAUGACCCUCCUCGCCGCCGCCAAUGGAGGGGCGCCCAGCGGCCACCAGCAGAGCACCAGGGUCGUCCAGCAGUGCGACGGCAUGCUCAGCCUGCCGGCGCUGACCAGCGUGCCGCCCGUCACGACGCCGCCGGGCACGUCCUCCGCCGCCUACUCCCUCUCCGGGCUCCUCUUCGGCGGUGCCGGCACGACGACCACCGCUCCGGCCGCCGGGGACGGGCUCAGCUCCACAGAUCAGCUCGGCCACAGCGGGGCCACGACCGGGAGCAACAUCACUGCCGCCGCGAUGCCGCCACCUUUGUCAUCAGCGGCGGCCGAGGGUUGUAAUGGCGCCGGCAAAGGUUGCGGCAGGUCGACCCCAUCGACGUGCGACGAGACGCCGGCGUCGAGCCCGUUCGAUAGCCUGGACAGCCUCACCUUGGAUUUUGACCACAACAGCGACAGUUGGAGAGAGUUGCUAGAGCAAAUGUCAUGGUUGAACAACCCCAAUGAUCAGCUGUGAGAAGAAAUGACACACAUAUAUCUCUCUCAUACUACAUAGGAGUACGUACGUCGUCAGAUGAAGAAUUGAUGAAAAGUUGAAUGAUAUAUAUGAUAGAUGGAGCGAUCGAGAAACCGUUUCUUUGCAUUGGAUUGGUUGUUGCAUGCACACUUCUUUGAAGAUGUGAAGUUUGUAAUCUGUUGAUAGGAUAAAAUUAAGGUGGUUUGGCCCACUUUGUUUUGGCUAUAUAUGUACAGAUUAAAGAACCAACGCGGCAUAAAUACAUAUAUAGAUAUAUGCUCACCUAAACGAUUUCAAUUUGUUGUUUUAGUUUUUUUUUUGCUUUUGAUUUGCCUUUGCAAGGAGGGCACACACAUAGAUAUACAUAUACUUUUGUAAUGAUUAGCUUGUGACAUAUAUAUAAAGUAAAUGAGAUUUCCUUUUCCAUA